AUGGAUAAUCCAAAUGAAACACUUGCUACUCUUUUAAAUGCUCCUAUACAUGCAGAUUAUGCUGAUUAUUUCAAUUCAUCACAUUUACAAUAUCAUCAUCAUCAUUAUUUUCAUAAUGCAAAUCGAAUGUAUCAAACUCCUUCAACAUCCUAUUUUACACCUGAACAGUUUGAUCUUCAACAACAACAACAACAACAGCAACAACAAUUAACUACUGAUCAGCAUCAACUCUAUUCAUCCCCAACAGCAAAUACAAAUUAUCUUCAACAUCAUUCAUCUGCUGAUAUUUAUCAUUCACAAUAUCAAUCAACAGCAUCGUCAUCCACACUUUUAACACAUUUACCAUCAUAUGAAACUUAUGCAUCUCCAACAAUUUUAGCUAAUCUUGAGCAACAACAACAGCAUCAACAAAAACCUAAUAUUAUUAAAUAUGAACCAAAUAAUGAUUUAACGAAUAAUUUAAGUGAACAAAGUGGUGGUGAAGAACUUGGUUGUAAUGAUGAUGAAAAAAAAUCAUCAACUAAAAAAUCUAAAUGUAACAAUUCUGCUGGAAAUAAUCCAAAUGGUCGACAACGCCGUCAACGUACACAUUUUUCUAGUCAACAAUUAACACAACUAGAGCAAACAUUUACUAUUAAUCGUUAUCCGGAUUUAGCAACACGUGAAGAUAUUGCAGCAAUGACUAAUUUAACUGAAGCUAAAGUUCGUGUUUGGUUUAAAAAUCGUCGAGCUAAAUGGCGUAAACGUGAAAGAAAUAUGGAUCAUAUACGAAAUUUUUCUCAUAUUGUUCCUCCAUUUGAAAUGUAUGCUCAUCAUCAAACACCACCAUCAUUUAUGUCAACUUAUCCUACAAAUACAAAUUGGGAUACAAUGAAAUCUCCUUCAAGUCCAAAAUCAUCAUCUCAAUCAUCACCCAAUCCAAAUCCAUCGAGUUCAUAUCAAACAGCAACUCCAUGGACACUACCACCAAUGACUUCUUUAACUCAAUCAUUGCCUCUAUCAAAUAAUUACAAUGAUACAUCAUCACCAGCACCACCAAAUACAACUAUAACAUCAUCGUCAUACUAUUCACUGGCGGAUACAAAUCCGAAUAUAUAUACACAUAAUGCGAAUCUUAUGGAACCAUUAUCAUCUCAUCCCUUAACACAAGUUUUAAAAAAUAAAGCAAAACAAAAUGGUUCUAGCUUUCAGUUAUAUGAAAGUUCAACAACAGCGACAACACAGAAUGGAUUUUUUUCCGAAACAAAUUAA